CAGCAUCUGUGUUCAGUCGCGUGCGCCGAUGUUUGCAGCGGCGCGAAAAGUCAAACAAAACCUUUCGUGAUAAAACGACGUGGGCAGGUGAAAGACAGCGAUUUAUAAUACACGGUGCGCAUCAAAUGGCUUCUCAGAGCUACAUUUCCAUCUCCGAGCUUCACCCCAACCUCUCCCAUGCUAAAGUCUUUGGGGUCAUCAUUGGAAAAACGGAUGUGAGAAGUUUCCCCGAUAGAAAAAAUAUUGAGAUUGAACGAUUCACCUUUGGCUUCACCAUAAGAGACUCUGCAGAGUUCUUCAUCAAUGUGUCGGCCUGGGGCGGCGAGGCGUUCAUCAGCGGGCUGGCCGACAGCUUCAGCAUCGGAGACUGCGUGAUCAUUGAAAAUCCUUUAGUUUCCACCAAAGACCCGGAGAAAGGAGACAAGUUCUGCCCAGCAACACCGAGCCACUACAGGUUGCUGCUGACGGAGACCCACUCCCAGGUGAGUGUGUGUGGCGACGGCGUGGAACGGCUGCUGCCGCUGCUUCACCUGCCGGUGAAGGACAGCAGAGACUUCUACUCCCUGGCCGACAUCGUGGCCAACGGCCAGCAGCUGGACGGCGCCGUCAUCAACGUCCUGGCAGCCGUCAAACUGAUCGGAGAAACGAAGCAGUUUGUCACCUCAGACGGACGCAGAGGCCAGAGGCUGGAGCUGAAGCUGUUUGAUGACUCCGUCUCAUCGUUUCCCCUCAUCAGCUGGGACCGGGAGGCCAUUCAGCUCCUGCAGAACCUGGUACCCAGAGAAACCGUUCUCUUUGUUGCCGAUACAAAGAUGAGUUUUGACAGCUUCCGUGGCAGCAUGGUGGCGACGGUGAGCUCCAAAACCAUCAUUACUGUCAACCCUGACACGAGAGAAGCCAGCUUGUUGUUCAGCUAUGUGAAAGACCUGUCAGAGUCUGGAGCUCUGGACCAAGAUGAGGCUCUGGAGGAUCCACCUGUGGCGUCCAUCACAGCCGUGUUCACGGUGAAGCAGCUAAAGGAGAAGGCCAGAGAAAACGCCGAGCCGUUCUUCAGCCUCGCCUACGGCUUUGUCUCCAAGCUGGACCUGGACUCGUCCGUGUCCAAAGUGGUCAGGACGCGCUGUGCCAGGUGCCGCUUCCUGGUGCAGCAGGAGCUGCAGCGCUGCAGCAACCCACUGUGUCCGGGCGGCGAGCGGCCGCUGACGGCCUGCACCGCCUUCGACCUGCUGGUGGACGUCACCGACCACACCGGUACCCUGCAGGCCUGCAGCUUGCGCGGCCCCGUGGCAGAGCAGACCCUCGGCUGCACGACGGAAGAGUUUGUCGGUUUGACCGACGGUCAGCGGACGGCGCUAAAGUGGAGGUUUCUGCUGGAACGGUGCAAAAUAUACCUGAAGAUCCUCCCCUGUGCCAGGAUGAAGAGCGGGAUGAGGGGGACGAUCCUGGCCUGUUCGCUGGCCGACCCCGGAGAGGUGAAGCAGAGCAUGUCUGCCCUGCUGCAGGAGCAGUGAUGCAGCCGCAACUAACUAACUCACAGAUAAUAUUUAUUUAACUUAUUCAUCUAAAUCUAUUUAUUCUGUUAGCAUGGACAGCUUGUUAGAUUAUUAAAUAUGUGUUAAAUAAAUGAUUUAAAAGCAUC